AUGAAGCUCCUCUUGCUGACUGUGACUGCACUGCUGCUCUUGUCCCAGCUCACUCCAGGUAGCACCCAAAAAUGCUGGAAUCUUCUUGGCAAAUGCCGCCACACAUGCUUCAAAAAGGAAAGGAUCUAUGUUUACUGCACAAAUAGUAAACCGUGCUGUGUGAAGCCCAAGUAUCACCCAAAACAACAUCCCUGGUUAUUUUGA